UUGUGACUGCGCGCGGCCCCGUAGCUCUGUGUCGCGCUCUCGCGCCAGAGUCAUGGGGUAGGUGUGGGAGGGGGUGUGUCGAGGGUAGGACAGCGCGGGCCACAUAGCAGUGACGUGAGGGACUUUUGGCACGGUGAUUGGCGUUGUCUGGGCGGCUGCUGCGCGGUGAUUGGCUUGCUAGAGAUGGGGGCGGGUCCGGCGCUGGCAGCCGUUAGGCUGGCUGACUGGGAUGGGGGGGUGAGGCAGCGGGGCUGAACAUGGCGCGGAGCGGCCGGGCGCUUGGGAAGGUGCUCGCCGAAAGGCUCACGGCGCCGCACAGAAGUGUUCUCAGGCACUUGGCCUCAUGUGGUAUUCUGAUGAGCAGAAUUCCUCCAAUGCAAGCAUCUGUAACAAACCGUACCUUCGCGGGAAGAACUUUCUUCAACAUUGCUUCACCAUUCGGAAACAAAAGAAAAGAAUAUUCUGAGAGAAGAAUUAUAGGGUAUUCCAUGCAGGAAAUGUAUGAAGUGGUAGCUGUUGUGGAGGACUACAAACUCUUUGUUCCUUGGUGUAAAAAGUCAGACAUAUUAUCCAAACGUUCUGGGUACUGCAAAGCCCACUUAGAAAUAGGAUUUCCUCCUGUGGUAGAGAAGUAUACGUCAGUUGUUACCCUAGUGAGACCUCACUUGGUUAAGGCAUCCUGCACAGAUGGGAAACUAUUUAAUCAUCUGGAAACAAUGUGGCGUUUCAGUCCGGGAAUCCCAGGUUAUCCAAGAACGUGUACCUUGGAUUUUUCAGUUUCUUUUGAGUUUCGUUCACUUCUACACUCUCAACUUGCUACAUUAUUUUUUGAUGAAGUUGUUAAACAGAUGGUAGCUGCCUUUGAAAGAAGAGCAUCCAAACUCUAUGGCCCAGAAACUAGUAUACCUCGGGAGCUAAUGUUUCAUGAAAUUCAUCACACAUAAAGGGAAAAAAGUUAACUCUACCUUUUAUUAUACUCUAAUUUGUACACCUUAUUUAUAAGAGGUGCUUUUCUUGGUGGGUGUCUAUUUAACUUAGCUUUGUGUGUAAUAUACUGCUGUACAAAACAUGCAUAUAAGAUGGAACCAGAUGUACAUAGAGGAAUAUUCAAGCUUCAAGUGCAAUUCAGGGUGUGAUGUUUGUAACAAGCUGAGUGGCAGCAACUGUAAGCUAGCCAACCAAGAUUACCUUUACCUUGCCAAACAGUUUGAUUAUAGGAUGAACAGCACAUCAGCAUUACUGCCUUAUCUAAACUGUUAAGUUUUUUGCAGUGUUUGUAAUAAGUGUAUGAAGUUUAAGUUAUUAACAGUUUUUGAACAUAUGUAACUUAUUCUCAUGGUAUCAGUAUCAACCCAAACAAGUUCAGGAAAAGUUUAAGACAACUGCCUGUAACUUCCUGCUUUUCCCUGCAUCAGGAAUACUAGACUUGUGCUUCAAAAAAAGACUGAAAGAAGAAUGCAUUAAUGGAUGGUUUCAAUCCAUUUUAUCUGCCAAGGCUCCUGCGGACAAAGCAGUGCCAUUAGUAGAUUAGUAACUGUGGUAAAAAAUAUAAACUGAUACAUUACAGAAAUUAAGAGCAGCAAUUACUUGUUCCACAACUUGCUGAUGUAGACUAAAUCAGUGUGGCAUUGUACAAAGUAUAUGUAAUUCACUUAAACACAAAAGGUCUAAAGGGAGCAAUUAAAGGAAGCUUUUUAAAAGUCUACUUAAAUCCACCCAGUCAGUGCUACCAUCAAACAGAUUAUUAUAACAUUAAAACAACAAAAAGGGGUAAAUCAAGAAUUCUUGAAUGCAUUUGAUGGGCAGGCACUAGGGCUAGUCCUUUCUCUUAUAACUGUCUAUAUUCCCCCUCCUCCCCAAAAGCAAGCUGGAGCUAAAUUGUCUCAAAAAUUAAAGCUAUAAAUUAAGUGAAUGAAGAGAUCUGCAUUUUUUCUAUUAUAUUGAAUUGCCUAACUCCUGUUUUAAUUUUACCAUUAGAUCAAGUCUGAAAUAAGUGAAAUGUUUAGCUUCAAAUCUAAAGUUUACCCCUUUUCCCUUUCAGAAAAGUUAGAUGUAUUAAGUGUAUAUAGAGUAGAUAUCCCAGGAAAAAAGUAAAUCCCUUCAGAUUCCUAAACUGAGUAGAUUUAAAUCAGUUCAGGCACUACACUGAGUGCAGCAUUUCCCUCCCCAUAGAAUAGCUUCACUGUUUGCUGGGAACAGGGAACCAUGAGACUGACUAGAGUUUUCUGUCCCUCUGCAAACUUUAAACUGAAGGAAAAUUUUCUCCCACUUUCCCUGGAGGACAUCAUGAGUUGCAACAUUCUGCAUGCAGCUGCAGAGGUAUGGUUCUUUAACUUCAGGUGUUAAAAACAUACAACCCAAUGUGUUUAAAGCAGUGACCAAAAAAAAAAAAAAAAAAAAAAAUUCUCUCCUCCAUGUUCUAGUAGGGUGUCUGGUGAUACAAAACUGUUAGUCUUCAAUGUGGAAGGUACUCAUUUACUUUUUACAAGACCUGCUAAUUCUCGUGUAGAAAACACAAGAUUCCUUUUAAAAUAUCCCAGGCAAUUCAUUCUUUCAUACCUUCACAGUUCUCCCAAACACUGCUGCUAAAAGGAUCCAAUACAUGAAAUAGAAUUAGUACUCAAUAGGUAGAGUGAUAAGUCCCUGGCCAUAGCUUACUACUUCAACUACGUUAAAAUUUAAGAUCAGUUUUUCUUAAGAACUGUCAGUUGAGCUUGUGGUCUACACUCACUCUCCAUGGAGAGGAGGAUUGUUUCCUAAACAAAUUCUCCAUCCCUUCCCAGCACUAACUGUCAGAUUUCUAGCGGAGUUUAAAUGUGAUCCUGUUAUCAUUAGGUUUGAUUGUUAAAGGUUUAUGGACAGGUGAAUAAGGUGAUACAUUUCAUAACUUUGAACAAUCUUUUAUUACACAGAGGUUGUCACAUAAUUGUAUAUUUGUCUCUGUACAAUUUAAGUCUUGCACACAAUGGCUUCAUCUGAACUUUGCUUAGUGGCAAGCACCAUUAAAUUCUGAUUAAACAGAAUUUCAAGUGCCUUAAUCGAUUAAAUUUAAAGCAGAACAUUGGUAUGUAGAUCUUGCACCCAGUAGCAGGAAUGUACAAAUGUCUUUAUUGAAAAAUACAAAAUAAUUUAUCUGUAGGCAUGGACAGUGACUGUAAACAGUUACAUGAGUUAAAUGAAAUCCAGUAACUAAUGGUUACAGUGAUUCUUUUAAACACCAGCCUCACUUCAGUCACUAUCCACCCCUUGCACUGACUUCUGAAGCUUUAGCAAACUGUCAGUCUCAACCAUCACAGUUCACAAUGUAUCAGUAUUCCAGGAAUUAGAACAUGCCACCUCCCAUUCCUCCACCCAUUCCGCCCAUGGGCGCUUCCUUUUCCUCUUUAGGAAUUUCAGUAACUACAGCUUCUGCUGUGGAUAAAAGGGAAGCAACACCUGCAGCAUCCAUCAAGGCAGUUCUUACAACCUAAGAGAAUGAGGGGGGA